AUGUCCACCAGACCAUCCAAAACCAAGUUCCCAAGCAACUUAUACACCACCGUCCUCCCCACCUUCACCCCCGACGGCGACAUGACCCCCGAAACCCACACCCUAGCAACCAACCUCCCCCCAUCCCUCUACACUCCAUCCCUCCGUCAGAAAAUCAGCAAUAUAGCCCUCCACUCGGACCGCCUCGCCGUCUGCCUCGUGUGGACCGAGAUCCUGGGGACAUACUUCGGUUUUGCCCCGCCCACCGUUCAAGUCCGCGCCUCGCAGAGGUACUUCGUGCAGCUGGACCUGCGUUCCCCGUUACCCUGGAUCCCAGGGUACAUCGGCCUGAUGCCGCAGAGGGGAACGGAGAUGACGGGUAUUCAUUUUCUGCAGAUGCGAUGCUGUGCGCCGCCGGUGGUGGGCCAGGGGCCGGAUUGGUUGGGUUUGGAGGAGAUGAUGGCGGGAGAGCUGGCGGAGGAGUAUGGGGAGGAGGUUGAGAGGGACGGGAGGAUGAUUCAUGGGAUUCUUACUGUUGGGUGUUAUGUGCGGUUUUAUCAAGUUGGGAGGCCCGGGUUUAUGAAUGCGCUGAUCGAGGGGAGGGAGACACUGCAUCUUGUCGAGGACCAUGGGUUGAUGGUGCAGCAUUUGAGGGAGAUUCGGAAAGAUUGGUGA